GUCAGACCAAGCCGAGCCGGUCGCACACAUGAUCAAUGCCCGCGAUGCCCAGACACUGCAGACGCAGCUCCUCAAGGAAAGCAACGAACGGUUUGAUCUACAGGAACAGAAUAAGCAGCUCAUGAGCCGCGUCAAUAUGCUGGAGCGGGACUUGGCCAAAAAAGAAUUUGAGCUCACCGUGGCGUCUGUGGCAAGCGCCAUCACCACGAACGACGACGUUCAUGAGCUCAUUGAGAACAACGUGGCGCUGAAAGAACAAGUUCGAACCCUCAAGGGGAUGCUGGAUGCCAUGCAGAGCGCGCCACCGUCCAACCUCACGGGGCCUGACCAACAAGUGGCCACGACUUCGUCCGCUCAAGACAUGGCCGACAUCCAAGCACUCCUGGUCAAACUGAAUGCGAAGGAGGAGGAACUGUCUGCGAUUCGAGUCGAAUGCAGGAUGUGGGAAGAGCAAUUUGUCGAGCUCAAGUUUGAUUUACAGUCGGAGCGAGACAAGCAGCAGAAGCACCUGGCCACGUUGUCAUCGGCGGCGGGUGUGGGCAACCUGAAGAAGGAUGCGGUCGACGCGCCAUCCGCCAUCAACUUUGGCUUUCCAGUCACCACUUCGUCCAAGUCCACAGAGCUACAAGAGUACAAGAACCUGGCCAUGCAACGUGCAGAAUAUUGGAAGCUGUCGGAGAUGGCCCUUGACAAAGCCAACACGGAAAUCGGUCGGCUUAAGCAAAAGCAAGCACACCUCGAAGCGCGGCUACAGGACGUGUUACAGGGGGGCUGUGGCGGUGGAUGCAGCUUGCUCAGCAACUCGAUUUCGAGCGAGAGCAAGAGUCCCCAUGUCCGUCACCAGACAGGUGCUGUUGACGCGGCUGUGCAAGAAGCGAGAAGGGAGACCAAAAAAGCCCAAGACACGCUCACCAAAGCCAUGAAGGAGUUGGUGCGGCUACAGCAUCUCGUGGAAGACAUGCCCGUGCAGCACACGAUUGAAACGAAGCGACUGAAGCAGCGGGUUCGAGACUUGCAGAUGGAGCUCGCGAGCCAAAAAACGACGGUGGACCAGCUCAAGAGUGCCGCGCUGCUGUACAGCCCGCGCAACUCGCGAGGGAUCGACGUAUCUCGCACGAAAGCCCACGGAAGUUUCAAACAUAUUUCGUUCUAACGAGCAUCCGAGAUGAAAGCGUGA